AUGAAGACUUUUCUGAUUCUGCUGGUGCUGUGUACAGCGACGUGCUUUGCCUACCCACUGGCUGGAGGUGCGGAGAACCAGAACAGCAUGGACUUUGUUCAGAGAUAUCUAGAAAACUACUACAACCUUGCAAAAGAUGCAGAAAAGUUUUUUAGAAGAAAGGACAAUAGUCUAGUUGUGAAAAAAAUCCAAGAAAUGCAGAGGUUCCUGGGGUUGAAGGUUACCGGGCAGCUGGACUCUGACACCCUGGAGAUGAUGCACAAGCCCAGAUGUGGAAUCCCCGAUGUUGGUCACUUCAGAACCUUUCCUGGCUCCCCCAAGUGGAGGAAAACACACCUCACUUACAGAAUUGUGAAUUAUACGCUGGAUUUGUCAAGAGAUGCUGUUGAUUCUGCCAUAGAGAAAGCUCUGAGAGUCUGGGAGGAGGUGACACCACUUACAUUCACCAGGAUUAAGGAAGGAGAGGCUGAUAUCAUGAUCACUUUUUCAGUUAGAGAACAUGGAGACAUGAACCCUUUUGAUGGGCCUGGAGAAAUUUUAGCUCAUGCCUUUGCACCCGGACCUGGAAUUCACGGAGAUGCUCACUUUGAUGAUGAUGAACAAUGGACAGAGGAUACAGCAGGCAUCAAUUUAUUCCUCGUUGCUGCUCAUGAGUUUGGCCAUUCCUUGGGUCUCCAUCACUCAGCCAACACAGAAGCUCUGAUGUACCCACUGUACAACACCUUCACAGACCUGACUCGGUUCCGCCUUUCUCAGGAUGACGUGGAGGGUAUCCAGUCUCUGUAUGGGCCUCCCCCUGGUGCCCCUGUGUUGCCCACAGAAUCUGCGCCUCCAGGACCCGGGACUCUAGACAUGUGUGACCCUGCCUUGUCCUUCGAUGCCGUCACCACCUUGAGGGGAGAGAUCCUAUUCUUUAAAGACAGACAUUUUUGGCGCAAACAACUGAGUGUACCUGAAACUGAAUUUCAUUCCAUCUCUUCAUUUUGGCCGUCCCUCCCUUCGGGCAUCGAUGCUGCAUAUGAAGUUACCAGCAGGGAUACUGUUUUCAUUAUUAAAGGAAAACAGUUCUGGGCCGUUCGAGGAAAUGAGGCACAAGCAGGUUAUCCAAAAGGAAUUCACACCCUGGGUUUUCCUCUAACCAUAAGCAAAAUAGAUGCAGCUAUUUCUGAUAAAGAAAAGAAGAAAACUUACUUCUUCACAGAGAACAAAUACUGGAGUUUUGAUGAGAAGAGAUGGUCCAUGGAUCCAGGCUUCCCUAAGCUAAUAAGUGAAGACUUUCCAGGGGUCGGUUCAAAAGUUGAUGCUGUUUUUGAAGCUUUUGGGUUUUUCUAUUUCUUCAGUGGAUCUUCACAAAUGCAAUUUGACCCAAAUGCAAAGAAAGUGACACAUAUUUUGGAGAGUAACAGCUGGUUUAACUGUUAG